GCACUAUCGACUAAUCCCGUAGUCGGACAAACAAGAAUAAUGUGUCGUUCUCCCCCUUUUACUAAACAAUUGAUAAGUUUAGUGGUUUUACCGAUACCAGUUCCAAUCGCUAAAUGUCCGGCAUUGCCUUUAUCUCCCCCAAUGACUUCGAUUUCUUCUUCUACUCAUUUAUCUUUGCUCAUCAGACCACCUUUGAUAAAUCUUUUGACUACCUUUUUGCCGAUUUGA